AUGUCGUCCAUCACGGUGCCCACGACAAAGACAUGGGGGAGAUCGGCUGCAUCGUCGAGGGUGGAAAGCGCUGUUGUCCCCGUCAUGCCAGCAGCCACGCCAAUUCAGAGACGCACUGCCAAGAAGUCGAAAAAUUCAAACGCCCGCGCCACGGUUCACCUCGUGGACAGCGUCAGAGAGGUCGUGCAAGCUUUCGAGCUGGAGUACUCUCAGGCCCGCGCGGAGUCGGUAGAGCUGAAGGCAGUGCUCGACGACCACCGCACGCAGUUGUCCGACCUGCGACGGCACCUCGAGAAGGAGUCGAGCGAGAACGGCACUCUCGAGGCCGUGGUACAGCACCGGGCCGCCCGAAACACGGCGGGCGACGCCAGGCUCCGCGAGCUGGAGGCCGCGUUCAAGCAGGUCCUCGCCGACGAGGGGCACAUAGCAUCCAGCGCCGCCGCGCUUGAGUCGGACCUCGUCGUGUUCACGGCGGAGCACAAGCGCAUCCGGGACAAGACCGCCACCGCCGCCUCCUGGCUCGACCUCGCGCAGGCCGGACUCCUUCAGCGGGAGCGCACGCUCGCCGCGGCCCAGAGCGAGAGCGACAGGCUCACGGCGGCGGUGGAGGCCGGGCGCCGGGCGGUCGCCGACCGCGAGGGUCUGCUGAGGGGCGAGCAAGAGAGGGCGUCGAGGUCGAGGGCCCUGGCCGGAGAGGCGGCCGACGACGCCAAGGCCCUCGAGAGCGAGGUCGCCGGGCUGCGGCGGGACCUGGCCCGUAAGGAGGAGGAGAGGGGCGAGGCCGCGGACACCCUUUCUGCGAUCAAGAAGCACACGGCGGAGACCACGGUUAGGAUCGCCAAAGCCAAGGCAACCCGUGCGGAAGACCUCCAGGAUGCCCAAGACCGCCUGGCCGAGCUGAAGCAGCAGGUGGCCACCAAGGAGAGGGCCAAGACAGAGCUCGACGAGAGGGUCAAGGCCGGGCAAGAGGCGCUGGUUGCAGAGAGGGCGGGUCAGAAGGCCAAGAGGGCGGAGAUCGCGGCUUUGAGAGCAACUCGGAAGGAAACCGUGGAUGCAGAGGUUCGCCUUCUCUCGGACCAGCUGGCAACUGCUGACGCUGAGAUCGUCAAGGCGGAGGAAUCGGUGGCACAAGCGUCGGACAGAAUGAAACGGGCGAACGCCGAGUUCAGCAACCUCAUGGCGGCUCUGUCGCUGGUGUUCCGCGAGUACGACAAGGCGGUGACCGCCAACCGCCAGCUGGAGCUCGACGCCACCGACACGGAGAGCGCCCUCAAGGCCUUGAGCGAGGAGAGCCAGGGGGACCUGCUCCUCCUGCACGAGAAGCGCGACCGCCUGAGGGCCUCCAACGCGGAGCUGAGAGCGGCCGCAGAGGCGGAUCGACGCCGCGCCGAGGAGCUCGAAAUUCUACUUUGCGACUCGCAGAAAGGCGUGGACGAAGCAACGGCGUCCAUCGCCGCCAAGCAGGUUCUCGUCGCCGACACCAAGAAACGCCUGCAGGAGGGAGAAGCCAGGCUUCAAGCCAAGAAGGAGAGAAAGACACAGGCCCUGCAUGCGGCGGAGGGGUGUGUGGCUGCGGCAGAGGUCCAGGCACAGGCCUCUCGCGCCCGGCUGGAACAGUGCCAGACGGCGGUUAUCGCCUUCGACCAAGAAGCGGCGGCUUGGACCCCACCGCCGGCUACCCUGGGCGAGGAAGACCGCCAGCGCGUGGAAGACGAGGCUGCGGCAGCGGUCCAAAGAGCCCGCGCCGCUGGCGGGGACGAAUCUCACGCGAAACGGCUGCGAGACCUCGAGGAGACGCUGACCACGAUCCAAGAGGGUGGCGCCGCCAAGCUCAAAGCAGCUAAGGAGGCAAAGGCGGCUCGACUGACAUCUCUUCGAGACCAAGUGCUCCAUGCCUCACACGAAUUGGCGGAUCUACGUUCCCGGGGCGAGGCCGCCAAGAACGUGGAGGCUGCUCUGAACCUCAAGCUGGAGGCGCGCCGAGAGGCCGAACAACGUCGCGCAGCCGAAGCCGCCGUUGCCGCACAGGAGGCCGCUAAAGCAGCUGCUGAGGAGGCCGCCGCCCUGGCUGCCGCUCAAGCCGCCGCCGCAGCUCAAGCCGCCGCCGCUCAAGCCGCAGCAGCUGAGGCUGCCGAAGCCGCGGCGCUUCGAGCCGCCGCCCUCCGGGCGGCCAAGGCCGAAGCCGCCAAAGCGGAACCACCCGCACCACGCUUCGCCACCCCUGAGACUCGCCCCAGCAACCCCCCGUCGUCAGCGUCCGGACACUAUGCGCCGCCCUACGGAGGACGACCCCCGGCACGGAGCCUCUCCAAGGCUGCCACCGGUCAACCCGCCGCCGCCGCCGCCGCCGCCGCCGCCGCCACUGCCGUCGCCUCUGACUGGCUGGUGGUACGCCAAGUCGCCGGCGGUUCGGCUCAGACUUCCGGGCGCGGCGGAGGCGCUAGAGGUGGUGCUACGAGUGGUCGGUCCCGGCACCUCUCUGCAGAUAAAGAGGUCGGAUGUCUAGACUGGCUGCGGCAUGUUCUAGCGUAA